UCAGUGUUUGUGGUUGAUUAUAAACUAUUAACUGAACUGAUGUAGCACAUCCUUGAGUAACAAAGGGAGUGUCUUCUUUUUUUACCUGGAACUUGUUUUGAUGCUUUACCACCGCUCUUUCCUCCAGGUCCUCCCCCAGUUGUGCCAGUCUGUGGCAGCAUUGGAACUGAAACAGCAAUGAACAGCUCCACCAGGACCAACUCCUCCGGGUCCAACCUCGGCACCACCAGGUCCAAAUCCCGCACCACCGGGCCCAAAUCCCGUACCACCAGGCCCAAAUCCCACACCACCGGGCCCCACUCCCGCACCACCGGGCCCAAAUCCCGCACCACCAGGCCCUACUCCAGCACCACCGAGUCCAAAUCCCGCACCACCGGGCCUCACUCCUGCUCCACCAGGCCCAAAUCCUGCACCACCCGGCCCAAAUCCCGCACCACCAGGCCCUACUCCUGCCCCACCAGGUCCAAAUCCAACUCCACCAGGCCCAGAUCCUGCUCCACCAGGUCCAAAUCCCACACCAACAGGCCCAUAACCUGUUCCUAAGUUUUAGGAGGUUUGGGACCAGUAACACCAGUUCCUGGGUAUUGACCAGCACCUGGACCAUAACCGCCUCCAUAGCCACCUGGGUAAGGACAGUGGUUUGUUUAAUGCAAAUGUAUUUUUCAAGGUGAGCAAUUUAUAAAAAUGUAAGGUGUGUGACCAGUUAAGGAGGAAAGAAUCAUUUUUUAGUGAAAUGAUGGUGCUUCAACAGAGAAGCUCUGUGACAUUUGUUCAUUUGUGAUUUUUUUUGCCAGCAAGUUGUGUAGAAGAUACACAAGUAUAAGUCUGCUCUGUUUAUUCAUGUUAUUCAAUUAUUCUCAUGGUUAUAUGAUUGCAAAAAACUGGCAAUGAACUUACUUCAUCAAUGCAUUUAUUUAUCCUUGCAUUUGUUAUAAGAAGAAAUAGAAACAGGCCAAUGCAUUUAAACCUAGUAUUGGGUGUCAUGUAAAGCUACAGAUGUAGACAAAUGGAUACCACUGACCUCCAGGUAUGUAGCCUGUUCCAGCUCCCU